ACAUGCUGAAAUAGGUAACUUAGAAUCUUCAACAAUUUCGUUAGAAAAUUUGUCAAUUGAACGAUCACCGGUGAUGACAAGAGACGAAGAUGAAGAUGACGAAGAUGAUGAAGACUAUCAUGUUUCAUUGUCAUAUGAAAGCAUUGAUGAAUCAAAUGAAGAUGAAAUCGAUAAUUGUGAAGCAUCUGAUAGUGACGUGGAGUCAGAUGCUAUUGUUCAAAGUCCAAUGGUUGAACCAAUUUCAAUGUAUCCAUCUACUGAAGGUGGAAGUCAAUUUUGGGGUAAUUUACCUCACUACACUAAUAUCAAUUGGAGUCAUCCAGAUGAAGAAGAAAUCCCAGGGAUGGAUGUGGCUAAUAAUUGGUCUAUUGGCCAAGAUUUAUAUGUUGGAUUGGAGUUUGAGAAUAAAGAUGCAGUAAAAAAUGCAGUAAAGCAAAAUGCAAUGAGAAUGCAUCAGAGUUUUUAUGUGGUUGAAUCGAAAAAGACAAAGUGGGUUGUUAGAUGUCCAAAUGCACAUGAUGGAUGUGGAUGA